AUGUCCAACCGAACCAUUGUGACUGAGUUCCUUCUCGUGGGAUUCUCUGACGUUUGGGAGCUGCAGAUUUUGCACUUUGUGGUGUUUCUAGUGAUUUAUCUGGCAGCCCUGAUGGAGAAUCUUCUUAUCUUCAUGGCUAUAGCCUUCAACCACCACCUUCAUAUCCCCAUGUACUUCUUCCUGAUGAAUCUGUCCUUCUUAGACCUUGACUCCAUCUCUGUCACUGUCCCCAAAUCCAUGGCCAACUCCCUCAUGAACACCAAGACCAUUUCCUAUGCUGGAUGUUUUGCCCAAGUCUUUUUCCACCUCUUCUUGUCGAGAACAGAUUUUUCCUUUCUCACCAUCAUGGCAUAUGACCAAUAUGCCGCCAUCUGCCAACCACUGUGCUAUGAGACAAUAAUGAACAGCAGAGCUUGUGUCCAAAUGGCAGCCGGUGCCUGGAUCAGUGGGAUUGUCUUCUCUGCACUGCACACGGGGAACACGUUUGCAUUAACCUUCUGUGGAGGCAACAUGGUGGAUCAGUUCUUCUGUGAAAUCCUCCAGCUGCUGAAGCUCACCUGCUCUGACUCAUAUAUGAGUGAAAUUGAGGUUAUUGCCUUUAAUAUAUGUUUAGUCUUAGGCUGCCUUUUUUUAUCAUUUUGUCGUAUGUUCAGAUCUUCAAAUCAGUGCUCAGGAUCCCCUCUGAGCAGGGCCUGCAUAAAGCCCUAUCCACCUGCCUUCCUCACCUCACUGUGA